UACCUAAGUGAGCUAAGAGGAUGCAAAAAUGGUGAUCUUAUUCUUACCCAUGAAACUACUCCCACUUCUUUUCUUACUUUUCAAUUCAGUUAUGUCCACAACUCUAAGCUCAUCAGCUACAGAGAGCUUUCUUCAAUGCUUUACCUCCCACAUACAGUACCAUUUCAACCCAAGUGAUGAUAUCAGCAAAAUCAUCAUCACAAAAAACAACUCUAAUUAUUCUUCAGUCUUGCAUUCUUCUAUACACAACCUCAGAUUCUGGAACACUUCAACUCCGAAACCAGAAGCUAUCAUCGCUCCUUUUCACUACUCUCAUGUUCAAGCAGCUGUAAUCUGCUCCAAGAAGGAGGGCAUACUUAUUAAAACACGCAGCGGUGGCCAUGACUACGAGGGGGUAUCUUAUGUAUCCGGAACUCCUUUCAUAAUCAUUGAUCUUUUCAAUCUCCGGUCUAUCGAUGUUGACAUAGAGAAUGAGAGUGCUUGGGUCGAGGCAGGUGCUACUGUCGGAGAGCUGUCUUACGCAAUUGCGCAAAAGAGUAAACUCUAUGGUUUUCCGGCAGGAAUUUGUCACACAGUUGGUGUUGGGGGGCAUAUUAGUGGAGGUGGACAUGGUACAUUGUUCAGGAAAUUUGGUCUAGCAGCUGACAAUGUCCUUGACGCUAUGAUUGUCGACGUUAAUGGCAAUGUUCUGAACCGAAAAUCCAUGGGAGAAGAACUCUUUUGGGCUAUUCGAGGAGGGGGAGGCUCAAGCUUUGGAGUCAUUGUGGCAUGGAAACUUAGACUGGUACCUGUUCCUACAUCUGUAACUGUUUAUAGGGAAUCGAAGACCAUAGAAGAAGGUGCAACCGAACUUCUUUCGAAAUGGCAAGCUAUAGCAGAUACGAUUCCUGAAGAGUACUUCUUGCGUUUGGUUCUACUUGCGAAUCAGGAUGGUACAAAUGGCGGAAAAGUUAUUACAGUUUUAUUUGAGUGCUUGUUUCUCGAGACUGUUGAGAAACUUCUCCCUUGGAUGCAAGAAUUUCCAGAGUUAAGUUUAGACCAGACCAAGUUCACCGAAAUGAGUUGGAUUGAUUCUGUUCUGUACUUUUCUGGCAUCCCAAGAAACGAAUCGGAACUUCUGCUUCAGCGAAGGACUGAAGAUUCUAAUAGAUUCUUCAAAGCAAAAUCAGACUAUGUGACUGAUCCAAUUUCAGAAGCCGGCUUGGAGGAUUUAUGGAAAAUACUACUUGAAGAAGAGAGAUCUGUAUUGAUACUGACACCUUUUGGCGGAAAAAUGAGUGAGAUUUCUGAUUCUGAAACUCCUUUCCCACAUAGAAAAGGAACUUUGUUUGAAAUCCAGUAUAUGAUAUUUUGGAAUGAUGACAAGGAAACUGAGAAGCAUAUUGGUUGGAUGAGAAGGCUGUAUGAGUACAUGACACCGCACGUUUCGAAGUCCCCAAGAGCUGCCUAUUUGAAUUAUAGGGAUCUUGACUUGGGGAGGAACAUUGAUGAUGGCAAUACAGGCUAUGAAGAAGCAAGCAUUUGGGGUCUGAAGUAUUUCAAGAGUAACUUUAUGAGACUUGUUCAUGUGAAGACAGUGGUCGAUCCUGAUAACUUCUUCUGGGAUGAACAAAGUAUUCCUGUGUUACCAUUGAGUGAAAAACUCAAAUGUCAACAACAACUAGGCGGAUUUGCUGCAACUGUCGAAAUUCAAUAGCAAAAUGCUGGUGAUGUUAUUUGAAUUUAUUUGAAGAUUUUAUUUUCUUGUUUGAUUAUUAAAAACUUUCUGUUCAGUUUA